AUGGGAUUUGAUAAUGAGUGCAUAGUGAACAUUCAAACUCUUGCUGGAGAGUACUUCUGUCCUGUGUGUCGGCUGCUUGUAUUUCCAAACGAAGCUUUGCAGUCACAAUGUACUCAUUUAUACUGCAAGCCAUGUCUGACAUACGUUGUGAGCACUACAAAGGCAUGCCCAUAUGAUGGUUACUUGGUCACCGAGGCAGAUUCCAAGCCUCUGACAGAGUCGAAUAAGGCACUUGCUGAAACUAUUGGAAAAAUAGCAGUUCAUUGCCUUUAUCAUAGGAGUGGAUGCACAUGGCAGGGAAAUUUGUCUGAGUGCACAUCUCAUUGUUCUGCAUGUGCUUUUGGAAAUUCUCCUGUUGUUUGCAAUAGGUGUGGGAUCCAAAUAGUGCAUCGCCAAGUACAAGAACAUGCACAAAAUUGUCCUGGUGUGCAAGGGCAGGUACAGCAGGUGACCACUACCCAGGAUCCUUCAACUACUAGUGUUGUUGCUUCUGCGGAUCAGAACCAGAAUGCUGCUCCCAUUGCAGCAACGGCUUCACAAGCUGCUGUCACAACUACUAUGCCUGGGCAGGUUUCAAAUCAGCAACCCAACCCUGCUUCCCAAACACAAACUUUAGUUCAAACUGCUGGGCAACCAACGGCAGAACAAUGGUAUCAGCAGCAACAGUAUCAACAAUACUACCAGCAAUACCCUGGACAAGAUCCAUACCAACAGCAGUAUCAACAUUACUACCCCUAUCAACAGUCCUUGGUUCCACAGUACCAGCAGGCCUAUGGUCAGCCUCAACCUCAGUCUCAAUCACAGCCCCAGGCCCAGCUUCAACCUCAGCCCCAGCCACAGGCCCAACACCAAUCACAGCAGCCUCAACUUCAACCACAACCUCAGGCACAAGGACUUUCUCAACCACCUUCACAUAUUCAGGCUCCUGUAGCCCCACCAUCUCAGAAUCAGAUGCAAGUUCAACAACAACCACAGCAACUUCAACCUGCUGUGCAGCCACAUGGUCAGACGAGUCAUGCUCCUGGCCAUGGUCAACCCCUCCCUCAAUCUCAGGCUCAGCCUUAUCCUUACCCCCAAGUUCAGUCUCAUUCUGUCCAACCUCAACCCCAACAGCCUAUGCAAAUGCCUCCAUAUCAGCAGACCCUUCCUCAAAUGCAGCAUUCACAACCUCAAAUUCAACAACCAGUUCAGAAAUAUCCUGUUCCUCAAUCUCAAGUUCAUGCACAACUGCAACCCAAUGCUUCAGUUCAACAUAUCUCUCAGCCCCCAAUGCCUCAUCACCAUCCUGUGACACCUAAUGUCCAGCCUCAAGUGCAAAAUGCAACAUCACAUUCAGUGACAGGGCAUCACUCUUAUCCGCAACCUCUUCCUCACCCAAAUAUGCAACAGGGAGCUCCUCAACAUAAUAUGCAGUUGCACCCUCAAAGUGGGCCCCAACCUCAGGCCCAACACCCUGUCCCGAUGCAGAAUCAGUUUCCUCCACAAAUUCCAAACAUGCGUCCUAAUCAAUCUCAUGCUAUGUUUCCUAACCAGCAACCACCUGUUCAGGGCCAAACUACCCCUCCUCUGCAGCAACAGCCCUUGUAUACCCAUAAUCAACAACAUGGACAAAUCAACCAACAUCCUACUCUGCAACCUGUUCAACAAAUACCUCAGCAGCAGCCAUUUGCACAACAUCAAAUGCCUAUGCCAUCACAUUUACGACCACUUGGUCCAGCACAUUCAUUUCCCAAGCAUGUGUAUUCACAGUCACAGGCUAAUACUGCACUAUCAAAUAACAUUCAGCACAGUCAAUCUCAAAAUGCUGGUGGAAGGCCUUUAGUUCCUAAUCAUGCAGGACGCCAACAGCCAUUUGUACAAUCUGCCAAUACCAUGCCAGUUAGACAUGGGCAAAAUGGUGCUGGCUACUUGCUUGAUAAUCAGAAAUUGUUGGUUGGUACCAACCAUCAAGUGCAGUUGCCUUCUGAAUUGCAGUCCAGGGCACCAGAAACAAUUGAAAGACAUGGUGAUGUCAGUGAACAACAAACUGACUCUGCCUCUGGUAAGCUGGGUAAAAAUUUUAAAGAUUUGGACACGGUGUCUGGAUCAGCGAAUGAGUUGAAAUCUGAAAAAUUUGAAGCAAAUUUGAAACCAAUAGAGGUUGGGAAUAAACAAAGUAAUGAAGAUCCACACUCUAUGAAGAAUUCAGUCCUGAAUGCCAAUGUAGUAGAUAAUGGUGAUCCUGUGAAUAAGAAUCUUGGGAUGGGGGAGGCUGCUGAAAGCAAUUGGAAGCCUUCAGUUAGUAAUAAAUCUGUUGCUGCAGUGCACGGGGUUCAAAGCGACAGUAAGGAGCAUUCUGUCCAAGGCAAUGAAUUUCAAGAAGGACAUCCACCAAAGAUAGACACAAAACUCCCUGACUUAGAAACCGAUAAAUUACACAAUGAUGACAAUCCUGCGCCAUCUGACACUCAAAGCAAUGGGAGUUUUGCUCAGCUGUCUCACUCAGCCACUUUCACAGAUCAGAGUAAGCAUCAACAACCAAUGACUAAUUAUGGGCCUCCUUCUGCCCAGCAGAGAUCUUCUGCAAUGUUAGCAUCACAAUUGCCACACCCAACAGUUCCAAACCAGCCACUCUCUUCAUUGCACUCUUCAGCUCUUGUCAGGAAUCAUGGAUCUGCCCAUGGUUCUCAUACAGGACACUCCUUAACAGAUAAUUUUCCGCCAACCAUGUUUAAGCAGCCACAAGAUUCUGACAUUACUCCUGGACGAGGCUUUCAAUCUCAGCCUCUUGGACCCCCACAACCAUUUAACCAAGUCCACGAGCCUCCUUUCCAUGCUGGUGCAUCAAAUUUGUCUCGUCUUGGAGGGCCUCAAUUUGGUGCACCACUUCCUGGAGAUAUGCGUGGUCGAAUGGCAGCCAACUUACCACCACAUGGUCCAGAAGGUUUUGGUUUGCAUGAUGAAAGGUUCAAACCUUUCCUUGUUUCAAAUCAACAAAAUAUUGAUAGAAGAGAGUAUGAUGAUGAUCUAAAGAAAUUCUCUAGGGUGCCUUUGGAUGCUGAGGCAAUUUCUAAAUUUGGAAAUUACUCAUUAAGUGCACAUGAAGCUGGAAAGAGAUCAGUUGGUAUUCAUGAUGACAUUGUUAAGAAAUCAGGUUCUACGCAUCAUCCUGGUUAUCUUGGACCAGGUUCUGGAUAUGGGAGACAUCAUAUGGAUGGUAUGACUCCAAGAAGCCCUGUUAGUGAAUAUGCUGAGAUGUCUUCUCGUAGAUUGGGGGGGCACUCCGGUAGUCGUGUUGGUAAGUCAGGUAUAGAUGAUUUUGAUGGCAGAGUUGCACGUCGCUUCAGUGGUGAGUUCCAUGAUAGUCAGUUUCCUCCUUUGCCUAGCCAUUUGCAUAGAGAUGAAUUUGAUGGUUUUGGUAACUUCCGAAUGGGUGAACAUCCAAGGAGUGGUGAUUUCAUUGGUCAAGAUGAAUUUGCUGGCCAUUUUCGAAGGGGUGAACCUUUGGGCCCUCAUAAUUUUCCUAGACAUUUACAUCUCGGGGAACGUAUUGGUUUUGGUCCUCAUCCUGGUCAUAUGAGAGCAGUUGAACUUGGUGGUUUUCGUAGUUUUGAACCUUUUACAAAAGGCAACAGGCCAGGCCAUCCACAACUUGGUGAGCCUGGGUUCAGGAGCAGCUUUUCUCUUCCUGGAUUCCCUAAUGAUGCUGGAUUUUUAACGGGAGAUAUCAGGUCGUUUGAUAAUUUGAGGAGAAGGAAGGCUUCCAGCAUGGGGUGGUGCCGGAUAUGUAAAGUUGACUGUGAAACAGUAGAAGGUCUGGAUUUGCAUUCACAAACAAAGGAGCACCAGAAGAUGGCUAUGGAUAUGGUUAAAACAAUCAAACAAAAUGCGAAGAAACAGAAGUUAAUACCCAGUGAACAACCCACAGUUGAUGAGGGAAACAAGACACACAAUACUGGUUUUGAGGGUCGUGGAAAUAAGCAUUGA